AUGGCCACAUUCAGGGGCACUAAGGACAUCGCGAACAAGAAGACGAAGGGGCUCAAGGACCACGAGAAGAUCCAGAAGGAGAAGAUACUAGCAAAACGUGCCGCUGCCGCUGAGGGGGUCAAGGCGAAGAAGAUCUUGUCUGCGCCUGUUGCUCUCGUCUUCGCCCAGGUUGCGCCCGUGCAAGAUGAAUCCACUGACGAAGGCGAGACACAUACCAUGAUGAAGGAAGUCGAGAAGUGUAUCGAAGGGAUGACAUUCAAGCAGCCCCUUGAUAUCGUUGCACACCGCAAGGCCCUGGAAGCCGCACUAUACGAUAACAUGGAGACACCGCGCCAGAUGCUGGCUCGCUGCAAGUAUACCGCAUCCAUUGACGCAGAACAUCAUCCUGUCGAAGGAGACGAGGUUGCAAAUGAGGCUGAUCGCUCAGACAACGACGCGCUGAACUCGUUCAGGUCAACGCCAAAAUGCCUGGACGACAACCGUUUCGAGAUCACGCCAAUGAUAACUGGUUUGACCGAAGACAACUUGACAACGCCAACCAAGACCACUUCUUCGCUUGCGCUCCUCCGCUUGUUUGACUUAGUCAAGGAUGCUGGCCAGACUAAAGUUGGUGUCUUCGGUUCAUCUGUCUCCGGUCCUUGGGUCAACGAGAAGUCAGUCGAGGUUCGCACCCUGGAGUCUGUUGAGACUGAGAUGCGUCUCGCCCGCGACAAAGCCUCCUUUAGCGCACCUGCAUUUGUGGAUCCUGCUAUAUCAAGUACAAGAUCGAAGGUCAGGAUCUUGUUGUCGUGGAUGAGCAUGCUCAAAUGGCGAGCUCACCCGCAGAUGAUCAUAAACAUCAUGCUCAAGUCCAAGUGGGCGUCCCAGCCCGAUGAGGCAGAGAAAGCAGCUCCUGCAGCACCAGAGGCCAGCGCCGCAGCACCAGCGCCUGCACCUACCGACGGCACGACGUCCUACGACCCCGCCUAUAACGACCCGUCAAUAGACCCAUUCGCUCAGACAGCAAGUACAGACGACCUUUUCUUCGACGACGAUAUCACGCCAAUCGCCGAGCCCGUUAUCGAGCAGAAUCCCGUCGAGCUGCAACCUUCGGCCGCCGAAUUUGUACCCGAGGAAGUACAUCCGCCGACAGCACCCCAAGCACAUCUGGCCCCGCAUACGCCCCGAGAGCCACGUAACGCGGAGAGAGGUGGCCGUGGCCGUGGUAGGGGACGAGGCCGCGGAAGAGGUCGUGGGGGACACAACACCGACAUUCGUCUAGAGCAGAACGACAAGAAGGCAUCCGAGGCUCCCAAGGAAGCGACGCCCGCCCCAGCCGCCAACGCUGCCGGAACCGAUGCUCCAGAAUCCUCAGCUCCUGCUUCCGCACCCACUGAGCCCAAAGAGAAACCUACACAUGCUGUGCGCGGCGAUAGAGGCUUGACUGGUGGCCCUGCCCGUACGCGCCUGACAGAAGAGGAGCUGAAUACGAAGCUUGCCAACAUGCGCAUUAAGAAUGAAGCACGCCAAAGCGCUCAUGCUCGUGCCGAGGCUGACAAGGGCAACUUCGAGGCUCGGGAAGCCGUCAUGCAAAAGCAGGAUGUGGAACGCAAGAAGGCUCUUGCUGAGAAACAGAGGGCAGAACAGAAGGCAUUGGCCGAGAAACAAAAGGCAGAACGCCAGAGUCGUCAGCAGAUGAUGGGAGAGCGUGAAAAGAACCGGCAACGCAAGCUCAAUGCUCAGAUGGGCAGGGAGUGGGACUUUGAGAAAGAGGACGGCUUCUCUGGUACUGGAGAGGAGAAACGACGAGGUGCUGCCCGAGGUGCACACGGUGGUAUCGCACCCUCUAGACCAACCGACAACGCAUCCAACGGGGCCGAAGACUAUCAUGAGCCUGUUGCACAAUCAAGUCGUGGACGUGGUCGUGGUGGAGGUAGAGGCCGUGGUGGUAGGGGUGGCCGUGGCGACUACCGGGAGUCUGACUCGAGGCCGACAGGCGCCCAGAAAAAGCGCGACGACAUCCCGCCUUCAGCAUCAGACUUCCCAGAAUUACCUUCCACUAAGGCCAAAGCAACUACAGAGACGAAAGACAUGGACGAUCUGACCGGCUUGCCGUCACCCAUGGAGAAAGGACGUAGUUGGGCUGACGAGGUCGGCUCGUAG